CAAAACACUGAAAACGAUCAUUUUCCUGAUUUCCUCGUUUUUAUCUGAAAAUGGAGAACAGCAACUCAGCUCUUGCAUCGCUAACAGCUACUUAUACAGAUUCCGAAGGCGAAGCUGAUGAUAACAAAUACGACGACGAUGUUAUCGAAAGUCGAUCUGACUCACAUUCAACGCCAGCAAGUCCUGCAGCUUCAACAUCCACACAAUCCCCAAAAUCGACAGAACCAACGAGCAAAAAGAAAAAAAAGACAGCUUUACGUCUCGUGAGUUACAACGACGAGAAUGAUGAUGAAAUGAUGUCUCCGGAGCACGAUGAAGACGAAGAAGAGUCUGAAGAUGAGCAAGAAGAAGUCGCUAUGGAUCAACAGGAGAACGAGAAACCCGCCGAAGAGACAGAACUCGAAACACAACACGUUGAUCUCGCAAAACUCUAUGGGUUUUCAUUGCCGCCCGAACCAAAAGCAAAAUGUCCCGCUGAACUUCAGGAAAAAAUCGCAAAAAGUUAUGAAAAAAUGAAAACGAAUAAUUUGGACAUGAAUAAAAUCAUCCAAGAACGUAAAGAAUUCCGAAAUCCAAGUAUUUACGAGAAACUCAUUUCCUUUUGUGACAUUAACGAGUUGGGAACGAAUUAUCCGCCGGAAAUUUAUGAUCCCUCGCAUUUCGGCAAGGAGUCGUAUUACGAGGAAUUAGCACGGAUACAAAAAUUGGAGAUGGAUAAGUUGGAAAAACAGAAAAAGGAACAAGUUACGAUCGUGACGGGAAGCAAAAAGCCCACAGAAGUCGAAAAGAGAAAGUCAAAAUGGGAUCAACCUGCUCCCAAUGUACAAGUGAAGCCUGUUCCAACGCAAACGGGGACAAAAACAACGGUGUUGAAUGCAUUUGGAUCGCUGUCGAAGAAACCAAAAGUGUAAAAAUAAAGUUUUUAUUUGUUAUUUUAAU